GUCGAUGCGCGCGCGCGUGCGGGCCGGCGAGGGCGCCGAAUGCGCGCCGCGCGCUUCCGAUUAUUUUCUAGACAAGUCGCUCGAUUCCUCCUUCGCCCUCGUGGAGUAACCGAGUGAAUCGGGGGUCGGGCGGGGGAAGAGGAAGAGGAUAGAGAGGAGAAGGCGGGGGCGGGGUGAGGGGGGAGGAGGAGGAGGAGGAGGCGGCGGCGGCGGUGGAAUUGGGGGAGGAGACGGUCAAAGAUACCCAAGUGCGUGUGCGUAAUAACACACGAAAAGGACGAAGGAAAAAAACCCUUAAACAUGGCGAUGAGGGACGAGGGGGAUUCGGCAGCGCACAGUACCAGCAAUGCCAAGUGCCAGGAGGAGAGCAGUCGGAACGGUUAUGUGAAAAGCUGCGUCACUCCCCUGAAACAGGACCGUGGGUUUUCCGUCUGCAGGUGGUGUAACUUGGAGCGGCUCGGCUUGGCGCGCCCGAAACUUCCAGCCUUUUACGUCGGGGGCGGCUGCAGCGCCUUUGCAAUACUCGUGCUGUCCAUCGUGGCCAGGAGAUGCCUGGACGAAGAGUUUCUUUCAUCCUUGUUGCAGACUUUCCAGUCGGCGUGGGCGAUCGUAUUCCAGUCCCUGAGUCCUCUUUUUAGCAUUUGCUGUGCCUUCUUUUGGUUGACAUUUUAUUUAAGGAAGAGUAAAAGGGAAAGCAGCACGGCUUGGCUCCUGUCAUUGCCACCAUGUUGCUACCUCGGAGAUUUUUUGGUGGUGCAAGUUUUAUUCGGUGAGGACCAGCUGUUUCUUUGCAGGUUGCUGGCCCCGGCUGCGGUGCUGGGUUGUGUGGGAUUGUUGACAUUACUCUCCACUUUGAAAGUGAAACAGAGCGUCCUGAUCUUGCUGUUCUCCAGUGUUGUUAGGUUGGCUUCCAUCACCAGUUUGAUCGCCGUACCAGCAGCUCUGCGACCCCUCUUGGCCUGUGGGGUCGGGAUGGUGGGAGCAAUCAUUGCUGUGUAUUUUGAUUACUUAUUUCCUAGGGAAGCCCGUCGCAGGACAGCCCCAGAAGAAAAAAUACCAGUGAUAAAACCCCGCAGGAGGUCGAGUUGUGUUUCUUUGGGUGAAACAUCAACCAACUAUUAUGGUGGCAGCAAAAUGCCUAGGAGGACGUCUUUGCCUUGCAUAUCGAGAGAGCAGAUGAUCCUCUGGGACUGGGACUUAAAGCAGUGGUUCAGGAGUUAUCAGUAUCAGAAUUCUAGUAGUGGGUGUGGAGUAGAUCUCGCUGUUAUGGGUGAGGCACAGAGCCUGGUUACAGACCUACUUGCUGACCCAUCAGUCCCCUCCAAUAUCACCUCAUCUCUGCGAACUAUCAGCAGUCUAAUUGCAUCCCAGCUCACGUACUCUAAUACACACAGACCAAGAGUGAAUCCCCUUACAUCAUUCUCUGACUCUUACACCUGUUCAGAAAUGGAGGACUCAUUGGAAAAAGGGGAAAGAAUUUUUCCGAAGCGUUUGAGAAGAAGUUUACCAACUGGCCAGCUGAGAAGAAAUACAGGAACAUGGACAACUACCACAUCAGCAACUGGUUUGCCAACAAUGGAGCCUGCUCCUCUUAGGUGGGAUCGGAACAAUGGAAUGAAACCACACCCAGAGAGUGGUUCAGUGAGUGCUUUAGGUAUCGGUUCACAGGCAAAUGGACCUUCCAGUUCAAACUUGUUGACAAUUCCUAAAUCUCGAUCUGCAUCCUUAUCUUUAACAUCUCACCAUAUUGGGCCCAGGCGAGCAGGUACCUCUCCAAGCCUCAGUCCAGUGAAUUCCCCAAUUCAUGGACCAGGGGCAAUGACAAGUUUUAACCGCUCACCAGUAGAAUUUCCUGAUACAGCUGAUAUUUUGACCAAACCAACUGUGAUUCUUCAUAAACCAAUUGGAUACACGCUUAGUUCUCCAGAGUUUCAACAAUCAGUGAGAAUGUCAAGCACAAUACUCUGCAGCAGUUGUGGCCGGCAUGUGACUAGACCUGUUCAAAGUACAGAUUUGCAAACUGUUGCAGAAUCGCCACAUGUCAAGAGACCAGAUGAAGGUACUGAAAAUGCUGCUGGUAACAAUGAAUCGAAGGAAUCAGAAGAUACAGUGGGGGCAGAUUGUAAAGAUCAGCUAGAAAACAAAGUUUCCAAGAAAUUUACAAAUCACGAGGAUCAGCUAAUAGAAGGACAGAAAUCUGGGCAAGUGCCAGACCUUUCGCUUGACCCAAUAGAUACACAAAGCACUGGGCUAUGCAUGGAUAAGCUAAACAGUUGGAAUUUUCCCAUUUUCGAACUUGUAGAAAUGACAGGAGGACAGUCUGGAAGAAUUCUUAGUCAGGUCAUUUAUUCUCUGUUUCUUGAUACCGGCUUAUUUGACCUUUUCAAAAUCCCUGUUCGGGAGUUUAUUAACUACUUUAGUGCACUGGAGAAUGGUUACCGUGACAUUCCUUAUCACAACCGUGUCCAUGCCACUGAUGUGCUUCAUGCCGUUUGGUACUUAACAACAAGGCCUAUUCCUGGAUUCCAGCAAAUAAACAGUGAUCAUGUGACUGGAAGUGACACAGAUUCUGACAGUGGAAUAUCUCCAGGCCGGGUUGCCUAUAUAUUUUCCAGAAGUUGUACUAUUACCGAUGACAGCUAUAGUUGCCUUGCAUCAAACAUCCCUGCUCUGGAGUUAAUGGCACUUUACGUUGCAGCUGCCAUGCAUGAUUAUGAUCAUCCUGGGCGUACUAAUGCAUUCUUAGUCGCAACAAAUGCACCUCAAGCUGUCCUAUAUAAUGACAGAUCCGUCUUAGAGAAUCAUCAUUCUGCUGCAGCAUGGAACUUAUUUAUGUCUCGUUCGGAGUUCAACUUCUUGGCAAAUCUAGAUCAUGUUGAAUUCAAACGGUUUCGUUUCUUGGUGAUUGAAGCUAUCUUGGCUACUGAUCUGAAAAAACAUUUUGACUUCCUUGCUGAGUUUAACUCCAAGAUAAAUGAAGUUAACAAUCCAGGAAUCGAUUGGACCAAUGAGAAUGAUCGUUUAUUAGUGUGCCAGGUCUGCAUAAAAUUGGCUGAUAUCAAUGGCCCUGCUAAGAGAAGGGAGCUGCAUCUACAGUGGACAGAAGGCAUUGUCAACGAAUUCUAUGAACAGGGAGAUGAAGAGGCAAGUCUUGGGUUACCCAUUAGCCCUUUUAUGGACCGCUCUUCACCUCAGCUGGCAAGGCUGCAGGAAUCUUUUAUAACACAUAUUGUAGGGCCUCUCUGCAACUCGUAUGAGGCUGCAGGACUACUACCAGGUCAGUGGGUGGACGACGAAGAUGUUGAUCAAGAGUGCGGUGAGGACGACGACGAUGAUGAUGCAGAAGAUUUAGAAUCUGAAGAUGAAAUUGAUGAUGAUGAUCUUGAUCUCCCUAGAAGGCAGAGGAGGAAGAGGAAAAGGAGACAGAGAAUCUUCUGCCAGAUUAUGCACCACCUAACUGAAAAUCAUAAACUGUGGAAGAAGGUAAUCGAAGAGGAGGAACGUGAACAGCAAUGCAAGUCAGAGCUAAAUCUACAGCAAACAGAUAAUUCAUCCUUACCUCAAACUUCGGAUGAAAUCCAGGUAAUUGAAGAAGCAGAUGAAGAGGAAGAGAAGCAACAAGUGGAGGAGAAAUAGUGCUGAGAAGAUGCAAAGCUAAAUAAAUAACAUAUUGCUGACAUUAGAAACUGCUGUACUUUGUUAAAAGGCCUUAUUACUGUGAGAGGGUUCUGGCACUCACCGGGAUCCCAGUCCUAUGCACUUUUACCCAUGGAAAUAUUUGAGUUUGUAUACCAUGAAACAAAGCCCUUUGUGCCAUUUGGUGUCCAAAUGUUUUCGUUAUGAUGCUGCCUUGCAGAAUAAAGAGUGCUCAGUUUCCAUGUGGUACUGGAGGAUGUUGCAAAAACUUCAGCUUAGCAACUGCUGUUACCAAAGUGAACUGAAAGUUUACCAUUUUCCGUUAUUAAAGAGGAAGGUGGAUUUUAAGCAUAUAUCACAUGUCCAGCAUCUGUCAGGUGGACUUGAAAACUGCAGGUUGUACCUGCAGGAGUUCAGAAUGGAGUACUGCAGUAAAGAACCUUAUUAAUAAGGACCCCUGUUUUUUUUUCUCCAAAUGAAUCUGAUUUAAUGCAGGUAACAGAUAUUAAAUCCUUGUCUCAUUAUAUGACUGAGAAAAUGUUAGAGUGACUGAAAAUUCAAGCUGCAUCAUUUUUCUGAUGUCUUUUAAUGUUGUGUACAAAUUGUCUUGUUUGGUUUUUGUGCUGGAAGUAAUCAGAAAUGUGCAGUGGCCAAGUAUUUCAGUUUGCUCAAACAUCACCUUAUAAUCGUUCUGUAAUAGAACAUAGGCGUGACAUUAAUGAUGAAGGGAUUUUCUUUAAUGGUAUGUUGUUUUUUUUGUCACUGCAACUCAGGAUUCAUGCGAAGAUACAUGAAGCAAUGCCAUUGAAGAAAUGCAGGUUGGGGUGGGGGAAGUCAUUGAUAAAGUAAACACCUUCAUCCAUUUUUAUUUGGAAAGUUCAAUUGGUCUUUCAAGUCAUGCAUCAUAAACAAGCUUCCUCACUUAUGUAUCCACAUUACUAGUAAUAUAAGUUGGUUAUUGCACAUCAUCAUGCUGAAAGGCUGCUGUGUAUUGCAGUUGGUAUACCAUUAAAAUGGUAUACUUGCCAUGAGGUUUCAGUAUUGAUGAAUAUGGCAUAUUGUGUAAUAUGUGGUUCCACAAUUUUUUUUCCACAAUAUAAAUUCUAGACAUUCCACAAGGGCAUCGUACCUGCUCAGAUGUAUUUAUCUGCAAACUCAUCCAAUGUAAAGGUGGUUGCAAAAAAAAUGCAUGUACAGCUCUUACACAAUAUUUGUAAAUUAGUUUAGGCUGCGGGUAUGUAAUUUUCUUAUGCAGACUGUACAAAAUAGUUACUGACAGUUGUGCACCUUUUUUCAUACCAAACAGAUGUUUUCAAUUAUGCACAGAUAACUACAUUAUAUAAAAAAAAAUCAUCUGAAAUCUUUGUAUUAAUGGAUUGUAUCAGAAUGCAUUUUGUACAUAUAGAGCAGUUGAUACAAGUAGAGAGAUAGUAAUUAUUCUAAGACAGCUAGAAAUUUUUACACAUCACCAUUAGCAAGAAGAUGGUCUGUAAUAGUGACAGGAAAUUGUAUUGUUCUUUAAUUUCUGCAACAAUAUGUUCGUGUGCCUUUUUACAGCCACCUACAAUAUGAAUACACUCAACCUCAAGUUGCCAUGGGGUCAUACAAUGAAUGCUGAACUCUGUCCUAUUAAAUCGGAAUUCUUAAAUUUGUAUACCGCUGAUAAGCAUGUUAUAUAUCAGAUGUAGAUAUGAUAUACAAGAUGCUUAUCAGCAGUAUACAAAUUUAAGAAUUUGUAUUUGUGACUGAUGAGGAGCAAGGAGGUGGUACUAUAUAAUAGGAUAGUACUUGACUGACAAAAUAAGGAAAAGUUAAUCAGACUGAAUGCUCCAACCAUGUUUGCCAAAUCUUGUUUUAGCUAUGCACUAUAAAUGCUAAAAGUUGAACACCUCAUAACAGCACAUUCUGUGUGUAAUUUAUUCCAUUAAAAUACUUAUGGUUUUUAUGUA